AUGCGGAAGACUGCUACCGCCUUCGGAGUUUCCCGCCCGGCUGUGUCCCUCAUUAUUAGGCAGACAUGCAGAGCGAUCUCCAUCCACCUGGGUCCAAAAUACAUCAAGCUGCCUUUUACUGAGCCCGAGACCGCGGAUCUGGUUGAGGGCUUCCAUCGUGCUCAUCACAUGCCACAAUGUUUAGGAGCAGUGGACGGAACCCACAUCGAAAUCAAGCAGCCAUCUACCAACCCCACUGAUUACAUCAACAGGAAAGGCACAUAUUCCCUUAAUGUACAGGCCGUCUGUGAUUACAAGUACCGAUUCAUGGAUGUCGUGGUAAAGUGGCCUGGGAGUGUGCAUGAUGCACAGGUCUUUGCUAAUUCAAAGCUAAACAUGUACUUAGAGACUGGAAAGAUCCCUGCUCUGAAAAAACAGAUUGUGGACGACGAGGAGGCCAUACCAAUUUAUCUUCUUGGUGAUCCUGCCUACCCGCUGCUGCCGUACCUGAUGAAGGAAUAUGCAACCGGUGGCGCCACAGUUCAGGAACAGUUCUUUGGGCUAACUUUGUGUAGUGCACGUAUGGUCAUUGAGUGUGCUUUUGGUCGCCUCAAGGCCAGAUUUGCUGCACUUAGAAGGCCUAUGGACACAAACUUGGAUGACCUGCCCCAUGUCAUUUACUCCUGCUUUGUCCUCCACAAUUUUUGUGAGGCCAGUAAGGAGGCUGUGGAUGAUCAGUCUGUGUUAGGAACAAUGCAAGUCGACUUGGCCAGUAAGGAGGCUGUGGAUGAUCACUCUGUGUUGGGAGCAAUACAAGGUGAAAAGGACUUACAGCCUCCCACACAGAGCAAGAGAUAUCUCACUGACUGUGAUGAGCGGGAGGGAAAGAGAGUGAGGAGAGGGCUUGUGUAG